UUGUUUAUCAAUUUUUGGGUCAACCACGUCAGGUUAUCAUUUUUUGGCCAAACAUAUUGUGGAAAUGCUGCCGCGCUUAGUCAUACUCUCGCUGGGUGUCCUGGCCAGCCUCCAGCAGUGCCAGGCGGGCUCUCCCGAGGAGGAGCAGGGCGUCCGGUAUGCCAAUCGCUGUGAGGCGUGCAAAAUUCUGGCCGCAGAGCUGGAGGGGCGCCUGGGUGAGACCGGCAAGUCGCACGACGUGAUCGAGACGGGCUACUCUGUGGACGAUGUGCGGCCCAAGAAGCGCACCGAGUACCGCAGAAGCGAACUCCGCCUGCUCGAGUCGCUGGAGAAUGUCUGCGAACGCGUGCUGGCCUACAAUCUGCACAAGGAGCGCACGGACAGCACGAGAUUCGCCAAGGGCAUGUCACAGACAUUCCAGACGCUGCACGGCCUCGUCGACAAGGGUGUCAAGGUGGACCUGGGCAUACCCUACGAGCUGUGGGACAAGCCGCCCGUCGAGGUCACCCAAAUGAAGACCCAAUGCGAGAACAUGCUCGAAGAGUACGAGGAGACCAUCAGUGAUUGGUACUUCAAGCUGCAGGAGCAAAAGUCGCUGCGCCAGCAUCUCUGCGAGGAUCAUGUGCUGAAGAAAAAGGCUGAACGCGAGUGCCUCAAAGAGGAGCUGGCACCGCCACAGGACAAUCCCGCAGGCGACAAGGAAGAGUUGUAGGACACAGCAUUGAGUACCCAAGAGAUUACAUUACCACACGAGAUUCUCUCUAGUGCAUAGUUUGGAGCAAAGUAAAAAGUGUUUUAAUAGAUUUUAAGUAGACUUACGCGUCGUCUGUUGUCCUGCCUGUGCCUAAAAGCCCGUCCAAAGCGACUGAGCCACAAAAUGUUACUGAAAAUGCCGCUCAGUGGCCGAGGGGGCCCUAUUGAUUUGGUCGACAAUUAAAAGUUGAGUGACCUGAAAGGAGGUCACUCCGCUCCACUCCACCCAUUGCCAAAGAGGGCAUUGCCAGCCGCAUAAAUAUUCCUCCGCGUACCUCGUUCUGCGGCCUUCCCUCUCCCGCCAAAUGCAGUUCCGUUGCUGCGUCCUGUCCUCUGUGUUUUGUAUAAUAAAUACGUAGCGUAUAUUUAGAAAAUAAAAAAAAUAUGUG